CUUCUUUUCUCCUUGUAAACAACCGAUUGAGAUGAAUAAAAGUAUAGCCUUCAACAGCCAUAAUUUAAGAUUUGAAAAUGUUUGUGAUGUUGUCACUUGAAGCUCGAAAUUUCUCACUAAAUUAGGGCAAAAGUGAUGGCGCCAUUAGAAGAUUUAGAGCGAGAUUAUCCAAUCAUCGAUUCCAAUUUCCGUAUGUUCUGUGCUUCUCACGGCAUUUUCACCGAUACAGAUUUCCUUUUGCAUGAUCUUUCUGCAUUAGAGGCUUUUGCUAGACAAGACUAUGCACCGCAAAAAUUGGAACAGGGAAUUAGGCAAAUAAUCUCUAUAUUAGAGAGUGGGCAACGACCUUGGCUAAAUGGUUUGGAAUUGUUAGAUGAUUCUCAACUUAACAAGUGUACUAUAUCCACAGGAUGUGAAAGGAUUGAUAUUCUUCUGCAAGGAGGACUGCGUGCGGGUCAUGUAACAGAGCUAGUUGGGCCAUCAUGUUCUGGUAAAACUCAAGUUUGCCUUAAAGCUGCAUCACAUGUAGCAAGGAACUCUUUGGGCAAGGUGGUCUACUUUGAUACCGGCAACUCCUUUUCACCUAAACGUGUCGCACAGUUUCUCAGUCUUUUGCCAGAUCCUUCCACUACACAGAUAAAUAAAACUGUCGAACGAGAUAUGAGCAGCAUAGUUUGCCAUUCUGUGUUUGACAUCUUUACCCUCCUUGACAUGCUCCGCCAGUUAAGGAAUAAUUUGAGAUCUCAGAUUAGUUUCCAGGUGAGGAUGCUUAUCAUUGACUCACUUUCAUCGCUUAUAGCUCCAGUUCUUGGAGGUGGUGGUGUACAUGGGCAUGCCUUAAUGGCUACUGCUGGGUUCUUGUUAAAGGAGAUUGCACAUGAGUCUAACCUCUGUGUCGUGGUGACGAACCACAUGGUGGCCGGAGAAGCUGGUAUGUUGAAACCAGCGCUGGGGGAGAGUUGGAAGAGCAUUCCACAUGUUAGGCUUCUGUUAUCCGGGAAGUAUUCAGCCAAUGGUACCCUCAUCAAAAUACUUAAACAUCCAUAUCUGGCUAGUGGAAAGAGCACAGACUUUGUGGUAAUAUGAUCUAACCACAAAGGAAAGAGACGUUGCUAUUUGCUACUAAGAAAAGAAGCAACAGAGCCACAAGGAGAUUGAUUGCAUGAAGAAGGAUUCUAAUUCAGAUUUAUCUUCACUUUGUGUUAGAAGAUUAAACUUUUGCAUAUAGGGAGAGUUGAAUGCUACGGAAAAUGUGAAAUUAAAAACACAGAUGAGAAAAAAAAAAGAAGUCAAUUUAAGAAAUCCCGAA